UUUGAAAGUCCUGUAAAUUAUUCAGUCUAUAACAAAAGUAUUCUUUUAUAUAAUAAUAUAAUUAUUUUCCUCACAGAAGAUUCCACAAAACCAACUACUGUAUCAUCUAGAAAAACAUCAAACACUUUCAAAAUUGUAAAAUUAGGAGAUUCUGGAGGCAAUGGGAAUGACGUCACGGAAGCCGUCUCAAGAGAAACCACUAAAACCACAACAAGAUUUCCGGUUCCGGUCGGUAAACCCGACGAUACGAUCGAAGACCACAUUAACAAUGGUGGAGAUGGAUCGCCAAACAGGGACCUUUUAGUGCCAAUAACAGUGGGAGGCGUCUCGUUUUUUGUGGCAGUUCUGGCACUGCUCCUGCUUAUCGCUAAAAGAAAACAUAUAAGAAACCGCCAAACUCGCAGUGUGCAAAGCUCUCCUGACCUAGAACAAAUUGAUGAGGUUGCAUCCACUACAACAUCCGUGGAAGUGAGAUAUGGCCGUUCUAAAUAUCACCCGAGUAACAUUCUCGUCCCAUCCGAAGAGAUCACUUAUACUGCCAUCGAUGCCGUGGAGACAAACACCAAUCACUCAGAUAGUUCGAGGUCGGGAAGUUUAGAUCACAUGGACACGACUUUAAGAAGAUUCUGCGAUGGCAAACGUUUAGCUAUGCAUUUUGAUGAGGAUGGCUACGGAAUCGUUGACGAUGAGAUUAAAGAUGGAUUUGACGAUAAAAGAUUUGACCUGAAGAGAACUCGCAAUGGCGACUACGACCACCUGAGUUCUUUUAAAAUAAAAUGGCGGAAAGCCGAUGAAGAAACAGACGCCUUGUAUGACCACUGUCAGGCAGAGGUAAUUCGGGAGAGUAAACAGGGAGUGGAGAUUGACGACACGUAUGAUCAUACAUCUACUGUGCUUAUAAACAAACUUAGAAAAAGUAACGACCAGUCUGCCUCAGCGUCUGAUAUUUACCAUGACUGUAUGUCUGAAAAAGUCACAAGCAUUUGAAUGGUGGGAUAAAAGUCAUUCUAACUGUGAUAAGAAAACAAAAUAUGCAGGGGUAUUUAAGACAUUAAUUGUGUACCAGAAAACCACUGCAUGAACUCUUCAAUGUACAUAUAACAGUCAACUUUUCAUUUUCAGUCACGGAUACCGUCCCGAU